ACGUCAUGUAAUAGGUACUCUAUUUUGACAAAGGGAUGUUAAAUCCUCUCUCAUUUGAUAUUGUUUUGAGAAGAUUUUUAUCGACAAUUAUGAAUUUUCAUGGGCGCCGCCGUUUUCGCGAGUCACAUCACCUACGUGCGCGAAUGUGACGUGUACCGUGCCGCAACAGAGGCUCGAUUACAUUGUACCCAGCGCUGAUUUCUCUGAUUUGUCCUCAUCUGAUGAAAAAAUAGCAGUCAAUCUUCUCGAGACACCAUUCAAACAUCGCCCUGUCAAAAUAGAGUACAUAUUACAUGACCUAUUGGGUACAUUGUUGAUGCAAACCAGUGGGUUUCCCCUUUAAGAUCGUACAGACAAACCAGUCGAAUCGGUUCGCUCAUCUGCUAUUUGACGCACAGAAAGACAACCACAGCAUAGCUGUGUAAAUUGUGUAAUUAUGAAACAAGGAGGACCCAGAGAGACUAAAUGUAAUGUAACGUAAAGGUAACGUCACGCAGCCAACAGAUGGAAAAUAGGACUGGGCUGAGACCCGAGCCUUGAUGCGCUCCAUUGCUUUAAAAAGAGCACGUCACCAUCAAUUCUGAAAAGAACAUUUUCCGUGAAGUUUUCGUCAGGGGCUAAAUGGCGACUUUUCCAUGCAUCCGUCCGUUUUCUUUGCCCCUUAUCCUCACGAGGGUCGCAGGUGCUGGAGCCUACCCCGGCUGUCAACGGGCAGGAGGCGGGGUACACCCCGAACCGGUUGCCAGCCGAUCACAAGGCACAUGGAGACAAACCGCUGCACUCAAAAUCACACCUAGGGGCAAUUUAGGGUGUCCAAUUAACGUUGCAUGUUUUCGGGAUGUGGGAGGAAAGCGGAGUGCCCACUUGGAGAAAAGCUACGCAUGCACAGGGAGAACAUGCAAACUCCACACACUUGUAUUCAUGGCCUAGCAGUGUUUCGCAUUCAAAGACUUUUCUGCUGCAUCUAACCUACGCACCAACAAUUUUACUUUUUUUUUCACUGCCGUAAAAGUGGGAUAUUUAUCCGCCCGUGAGCAGGGUUUGUUCCCAGAACCUGAAACGGAAGAGAUGCAAAAGUUGUCCGACUGCAUUGUGAGGCCACGUUCUUUAACUUCAAGGCAGUCACGUUGAAUGCAGGGCCUCGUCUGACAAGCUAUGAAUCCUCACCUUACCCAUUUAACAUUCCAACGUUAUCGACGCGUCGCAUAAAGAUAUAUAAAGCCGCUCGUCGUCCUCCUCGGCAUUCAAACGCGUCCCGACCGCAGAGGUGACUUUGCGGAACUUUCCACUCGACUUUUGAAGGUGAGUCAAGCGCAUUUGCGUUGUUGCACGUGGUCAAAUAUUAAUUGUGUGAUUUUUCAUUGUCUAGAUGGCCUUUGUUCCCCGCUUGCUGGUCCUCCUUUACGGGUUCGCCGGACUGCUGACCGGAGCUCGGUCUUUUUACUUCACUCACUGGAAAAAAAUCGCAGUGAAUAACUGUCCGUACGGCUGGACUCAGUUGAACUCGAAGUGUUACAUCUACCAGAGUGACCCGAGGAUCUUCGCGGACGCAGAGGAUGUGUGCAACAUAAUCGGCGGUAAUUUGGUCUCCAUCCGCGACGACCUGGAAAACACAUUUGUUCUCGAGCUGGCUCUAGAGGGGGGCAACGACGGCGAAUACUGGAUCGGAUACAACGACAAUCUUGAGCCGGACACCUUCAUCUGGACUGAUGGUACGAUGCCAGGUUUUGAGAAUUACAAAACCUCCACCAUAGUUCCAGAACCUAACAGCGCCAACGGCAACUGCGUCGAGGUCGAUGACGACGACGGAGAGUGGCAAACGGAGAGCUGCAUGGACUCGAAUCCGUACGUUUGCAUCAGAGACGUGUUCAUGAAGAUGAGCAGAUGAUGCCCGGUCUGACCACCGCGGCGGAGUUGCCCGACCGCGACGUCUCAGCCAGAAAAUAUCAACUUUGGAUUCCUUCAUUUCCUUUCAACUCUUCUUUUCUCCUUGGUUACGAUCGACAACCACUUUGGAAGGUCAAAAAGCGCCUCCGUGCUCAAUAAAGGAAUG